CACACACAAAACCGCACGGCCGCAACUGUCAAACUGUUAUUUUUCAUUAUUAUUACCAGCUCAAUUUUCGUAAAUUUCUUCCCCGUCAGCUGCGAGGACAUCUCGCUUCGCGUAAAUUUUGAUUCCCCUGCUUUGUACAGGGGACAAACGCUGUUGCAGUUGCACCAGUCCGUUACUGCGGCACCAUGGUCGUCACGAAAGAUACGUUCCUGCCCACGGAGGAAGAACUUACGGUGCCGGAGAUCAAUCUUUCCGGGCCAGCUCUACGUGCCGGUGCUUUCCACCUGGGCAAGUACUGUGAAGCGCAAAACAAUGAGUUCAUGUUGUGCCGCCAAGAGCUGGAUGAUCCGAGGGCGUGCAUCAACGAGGGCAAGGCGGUCACCAACUGUGCGUUCGAGUUCUUCCGUAAGCUAAAGAAGACGUGCGCCCAGGAGUUUACGCAGUACGCCAACUGUCUCGACAAAAGCAGUGGCGAUUUGAAUUUCAAGCACUGCCGCAAAACGCAGGGCGUUUACGAUAAGUGUGUGCUGGACAAUAUGCAACUGGAGCGUCCCGAUUAUGGAUAUUUCUGCCGCGCCAAGGUACACGCCACGGAACGUCCACCACCGCCGAAGAAGGAGAAGGUGGUGUAUCCGGACGCUACGCCCGGCCUGCCGGACGACUAUCCACGGCCCGAAUCGAAAUAUGGUUCCCGUUUCCACUGGCUGAACUAGAUGAGGUGUGGAUGGCGUUUGGACGGAUUGUGCACUGGUUCAGCAGGGGUUGGGUUCUAGGUAAAAUGCGUUUGUGUGUGUGUGUAGAUAAUGCAUCGAGAACGAUCAGUACCCACAAGCAGUAGAUCAGCCUUUGCCGAAUCGUUUCUUUAGCUUCAGUAAACAAAAAAAAAACAUUGCCCAAAACAAACGAAA